UUCAGUGUCUAGUUAAGCAUGCAUUUGUAAAGUGAGAUCUAUACAGACUGGAUCAGUUCUACCAUGUCAGCUCCACACCCUAGAAGCAAAACACGAAGGGGAAGCUAUGAUGGAAUUUUACCCAACAAAAACUCACUUCACAAGUCCCUGGCUCAGAGAAGAUGUUCUGCACCCUCUCUUGUGUUCCCAAAAACUCUUAUAAAACCAUGGUCCACAGGAAGGGAUAACACUGGCAUUUCUAUAGCCAUAGAGCAAUGUCCAUUUGUCCUGGGAUUAAGCAAUGAAGAUUCCGAGUUGAUUUUGCAUGAAUGUGUGCAACUGACCCAAAAUCUGAAGACUACGGAGCGGUAUCUUUUCCUGUUCAGUGAUAUGAUCAUUAUUGCAAAAUUAAAGUCUGGUACAAGUUUUAGGAUGAAACACAGAGUGGAUCUCUCUGAAAUGAUUGCAUUAUCAUGUGAUGAAGACGAUGAGGAAGAAGCAUGUGCUUUCCAUAUCACUCCUAAAAAUGCCCUAAUUUUUAUCUGGCCAUACAAUGGCUGCAUUGCCACUUUCCGCUGCCGUGAGGUGAAAGAACUGUGGCUUGAUACUCUCAUCUGGCAAAUUAAAGAAGUUGGUGGAAUUGAGGGUAACAAAGUUCCCUCAGCAAGACUGCUAAUGAAGGUGCUCACAGGAUGCAAUGCUUCUAAAGCACUUAAUGCCAACAACAUGGAGACUUUAAUUGAAUGUCAUUCUAUGGAAAAUGUCAAAAAAUACCAAUUGCUGGCAGCAAUGAUUAAUGAAGCGGGCAUCUGCCAUGCAAAUGAGAACACUAAGAAGAGAAAGGCUGUGAUCUCUUGGCCCUUCACAUUCCGACGCAGUUCUACUCUGUCAGAGUCUUCGAGUCCUUCGGAAUUAAACACCACUUUAUUUGAUCAGCCGCUAUCUAUCGUGUGUGAAGAUGAUACGCUUCCUAAGCCAAUAUUGGACAUCUUAAAGAUUCUACGGGUAGAGGGCCCAUUGGCUGAGGGCAUUUUUCGUAAGGCUGCCAACGAGAAGGCCCGCAAAGAGUUAAAAGAAGAGCUAAACUAUGGAAAGACAUUGGAUUUAAAAUACAAAUCUGUGCACUUACUGGCAGUGGUUCUUAAGGAUUUUCUUAGAGGUAUUCCACACCAACUGCUGUCCUCCGAUCUUUAUGAUGAGUGGAUGGCUGCCCUUGAAAAGACGAGUUUGAGUGAAAAAAUUGAAGCAAUGAAAUGUGUUGCAGAUAAACUCCCAAGACCAAACUUCAUUUUAUUACAACAUUUGAUCUGCGUUCUUCAUCACAUCAGCAAGGCUUCAGAUGUAAAUAAGAUGGAUUCAAACAAUCUAGCCGUCUGCAUUGGCCCAAAUAUGCUUAUCCCAAAUAACGACAAAAGUCUCCCCCUGGAAACUCAGAAACGGCUCAAUGAAAAGGUUAUUUCCCUGGUUGAGUUUUUAAUAGACCGUUGUUUUGAAAUGUUUGGUGACAAUGUGUCUCAGCUGCUCAGUGCUUCAGAAGAGGAUUCACUGGAAAACAUUGACAUUGCAGAAAUUUCUUCUCAUCAAAAUGACUCGGCCUACGACAGUACCGAUCAAGAUCAUGAAGGUCUUGCCAGUCCAUUCAGAAGAAGGCUUUGUUGGCACAACACGUUUGGGAGUGAGGAUCUACAGAGCUCAGUGGAUCAAGAUCUUGAGCUUUCGCCAUCAUCUGUAACUAGGUUGAAAAAUCUAGAUACUAGCAUAGACAGGAGGUGUUCAGAGCCAUACAUUUUUCCUUCUCAAGGUGCCAAAGUUUUGCCAGGAGCUAAACUAACAAGAAGCCAUGAUGAUGUUACAGUUCGCAAAAGAGGAACAUAUCCAAGCGAUGGAGAACUGUCCAAGCAAGGUUCAGAGGAAUGUUGUUCUAGAGCUUUAUACAAGAAAAAAAUUCCUAAAGGACUCUCCAUUAAUACGAGUGCUCAUUUAGAAUGUUUGGAUGAUUUAUUGCCAAAUGUAACUUCUACAUACCCUCUGGACAAUUCAUACCUAGACUGUUCUGUUUUUACAAGCUCACCGCUUGUUUCCCCUUCAAGUCCUGAGAAAACUAGCAAGUUGAAGCACCAGUCUUUUUCUACUAAGUGUAAAGACAAAAUUGAUGCAAUGCGACCAGCCAGAGAAAUAAGAAAACAUUCAAACUCUUUCUCAUAUGUAAACCAUAAAAAAUGUCUGUCCAAGACACAGAGUUGGGGACCUGAAGGACAAAAUACCGGUUUACAUAGAAAUGCUCUGACACUAAGCUUGAGGAAUAAGAGACAACCUGACAGUCCACGGGACAAACAGUUUCAGCAACCACCCGUUGUAAGGCUGAGAAGGACUGCAUCUGCUCGCAAAAUGUCAGUGGAUGAAGUGUUCAGAAUUGUAGACCAAAGAAACCCUGGUAACCCUCCAUCUUAUGAGGAAGCUGUCAAUAAAAAUUCUUGCUCAUUUGAGAGCAUGACAGUCCACACCAUGAGAUCAAGUGUUUCAAGUAAGGAUUUGCUAAGUGAACAUGAAAAUGAAAGUUCCCACAAAGACAGCACAGAUCACAUUGGGUCAAACUCAAUAAAGGAGGUACAAACAGGGGAUGCUCCUUUUAAAAAUGAUGUGGAGAAAACCAUCGCUGUAAGGACUUUGUCAGAAUCAUCUCAACCUAACAAACAUGACUGCUUAAGUCGGAGAUGUAGCCAGCCGGUAUUUGAGAUAUAUGAUCAGUUGCAAUAUGCCAAGGAAUCCUACGUAUGAAUAGAUAGUUCGUUGUCAUAA